CAAAGUGCCCCCAAACAGGCUGGAGUGAGCGGAGCGGCAACCGCGGCGGCGCCGGCCCGCACGCGCGCGGCGGCGGCUCCCUCCCAACCUCCCCCUCCCCCUCCCCUCACUCCCCUUCCCCUUCCCCACCCCGCCCCGCCGGGAAAACGCGAGCCGUCGCCGCGCUCCCCAAACCGCCGCCUGCCCUCGGCCAACCGCCCCCAACGGCCGCCCGCGCGCGGCUCGCCGGGCCCCCUCGCUCCUCCCCCUCAGGCCCCCAGAGCGCUCCCCUCCCGCCGCCUCGCACUCUCCCAUCUCGCAGGCACGCCGCUGCUCGGGGCCGCCAUGCCCCUGCCGCAGGCUGUCCACGGGCCUAGGCGCGGCGGCCCGAGAUAGGGUCUCCUCCGCCUCCUGGGGGAGGAGAGAGGGAGCGGGCCGCGCGCUCCGCCCCCUCCCCCCGGGCUGCCGCCGCCACCGCCGCCACCACCCCCUCGCCGCCUCAGCCUGGCGGGGAGGAGGAGGAGGAGGAGCAGCAGGCCUCCGGGCCCUGGCACCGCCGCCCGCAGGAUUGAGAGAAGCCAGGAUUGAAUAAGAAGAAAAGGUCUUUAAUAACAGUAGCAGCAGCGGCUGAUGUUUCUGUAGCAUUUAUUUCGUGCGAAGUACUGUUAAAGGCACUUUAUGUGUAUCAGGCCAGUUAAUGCUCAGAGCUCUCUGAAGUAGGUUCUGUUAUCCCUGUUUCACUGCUGAAGAAAUUACGGUGAAGUUUGGUGACUUGCCUAAGGUCCCACUGCUACACAUGGCGGUACCAGGAUGUGCACCCAGCAUUUGGGCACCAGAGUCUCUUCAGCCACUCCGGGUGUUGCUUCUGUAUACUGUUGGGAGAUGGACAUUGCUGAUUCAUUUGCAUCCUUGAAGAGCAUCGGUAGAAGAGGAAGGAAAAGAUGGGUGUGAAAACAUUUACUCAUAGCUCGUCUUCCCACAGCCAGGAAAUGCUUGGAAAGCUAAAUAUGCUUCGAAAUGAUGGACAUUUUUGUGAUAUCACUAUUCGUGUCCAGGACAAAAUCUUCCGGGCACAUAAGGUGGUACUAGCAGCUUGCAGUGAUUUCUUUCGCACCAAACUUGUAGGCCAAGCAGAGGAUGAGAACAAGAAUGUGUUGGAUUUGCAUCAUGUUACAGUGACUGGCUUUAUACCCCUUUUAGAAUAUGCUUACACAGCCACUCUGUCAAUUAACACAGAAAAUAUCAUUGAUGUUCUAGCUGCAGCCAGCUAUAUGCAAAUGUUCAGUGUUGCUAGCACCUGCUCAGAGUUCAUGAAAUCAAGCAUUUUAUGGAAUACACCCAACAGCCAACCAGAAAAGGGUCUAGAUGCUGGACAAGAAAAUAACUCUAACUGCAAUUUUACGUCUCAAGAUGGAAGCAUUUCUCCAGUGUCUUCAGAGUGCAGUGUGGUAGAAAGAACCAUUCCUGUUUGCCGAGAGUCGAGGAGAAAGCGCAAAAGCUACAUUGUUAUGUCUCCUGAAAGUCCUAUAAAGUGUAGCACGCAAACAAGUUCUCCACAGGUAUUGAAUUCUUCAGCUUCCUACUCAGAAAAUAGAAAUCAACCAGUUGACUCUUCUCUAGCUUUUCCCUGGACUUUUCCUUUUGGAAUUGAUCGAAGGAUUCAGCCUGAUAAGCUUAAGCAAGCAGAAAAUACCCGGACUUUAGAAUUACCUGGCCCAUCUGAGACAGGUAGAAGAAUGGCUGAUUACGUGACUUGUGAGAGCACAAAAACUACCUUACCUCUGGGUACCGAGGAGGAUGUCCGGGUCAAAGUAGAAAGGUUAAGUGAUGAGGAAGUCCAUGAGGAAGUAUCCCAGCCUGUCAGUGCAUCUCAGAGUUCACUGAGUGAUCAGCAGACAGUGCCAGGAAGUGAACAAGUCCAAGAGGAACUUCUGAUUAGUCCACAGUCUUCCUCUAUAGGUUCAGUAGAUGAAGGCGUCACUGAAGGGUUACCUACACUUCAGAGCACUUCUAGCACCAGUGCUCACGCAGAUGAUGAUGAUCGAUUGGAAAAUGUUCAGUAUCCCUACCAACUCUACAUUGCUCCUUCCACCAGCAGCACAGAACGGCCAAGUCCAAAUGGUCCAGAUAGACCUUUUCAGUGUCCAACAUGUGGGGUGCGAUUCACCCGUAUUCAGAACCUGAAACAGCACAUGCUCAUCCACUCAGGAAUUAAACCAUUUCAGUGUGACCGCUGUGGGAAAAAGUUCACCAGGGCUUACUCGCUAAAGAUGCAUCGCCUAAAGCAUGAAGGUAAACGCUGUUUCCGGUGCCAGAUAUGUAGUGCCACUUUCACUUCCUUCGGGGAAUAUAAACACCACAUGAGGGUUUCCCGGCACAUUAUCCGCAAGCCUCGGAUUUACGAGUGCAAAACAUGUGGCGCCAUGUUCACCAACUCUGGAAAUUUAAUCGUGCACCUGAGGAGUCUGAACCAUGAAGCGUCAGAGCUAGCAAACUACUUCCAGAGCAGUGAUUUCCUAGUACCGGACUACUUAAACCAGGAGCAAGAAGAGACCCUUGUUCAAUAUGAUCUUGGAGAACACAGUUUUGAAAACAGCUCCUCUGUUCAGAUGCCUGUAAUUUCACAGGUCUCCUCGACCCAGAAUUGUGAAAGCACUUUUCCCUUGGGGUCUCUUGGUGGGCUGACAGAAAAAGAGGAGGAAAUGCCAGGGCAGCCAAAGACCAGUGCUUGUGCCGAGGCAACCAGAGAGGACCCCCCAAAAUCAGAGCUGUCUUCUGUAACUAUUGAGUAAUUUCAUGGUUUGGCUUCAUUUUUGAUUUUUGGAAAGUGCCUGUGCUUGGUCUUGUACAUUUGAAUUUAAUUUAACUUUUUAAGCAAAAAAGGGUUUGGGAAAGAAUUUCCCUUUUUACUUUGUAAGUUCUGCAACUGAUGUUUUAUUUUUCAUGACUGAGAGAUUGCUUCUGUAAGUGCACAAUAACAUGGUGUUGAAAUAUAAUAGAAACCUUAAGACUUAAGGAGAACCAGCUGACUUAAAACUUGUAUCAGUUUCCUCUUCCAUUAUCAGGAGUAGGCUAACAACAGAUCAUUAGGUCAAGAAGAAAUCAGAUGAUUAUUGACCUUCCUGAAAUGAAAGCAUACACCAGAAACAUAUUACUGAAUGAAUCUGGCAAAUGGCCUGAAUAGAUGUUUACUCCUAUACACAGGAUAUUGUACAGUCUUUUGUAAAGCCUGUUGUUUUUGGAAGUAUUUAUGGUGAGCUUUCUUAAAAAUUAUUAGGGUAUAUACUUCUGAAAUCCCACGUGUUUCGUGUUGUUUUU